CCCAAGAAAAAAUAAAUAAAUAAACGAGUGGACGAGAUCAAAAUUAUACCUUUGUAACAAAUCAUUAGUGGGAAUGGGCUACGAAGUUUUCAUUAGCUUCAGAGGCCCUGAUACUCGUUCGAGUAUCACAAGUUAUUUGUAUGACCGGCUGACUAAUAUCGGGAUCGACACCUUCCGAGAUGACGAGGAGAUUCGCAAAGGAAGGGAGAUUUGGCCAGAAAUUCGAGAGGCAAUUCGUGGCUCAAAGAUCUCCAUACCCAUCUUCUCCAAAAACUAUGCGUGGAGCACAUGGUGCCUCGACGAGGCGGCCGAGAUGGUGGACUGUGCAAAAUCGAGGUCCCAGAUCAUACUUCCCAUCUUCUACAAGAUUCCACCUGCUCAAGUUAAAAAACAGACUGAAAGUUUUGAAGAAGCUUUCAAGAAGCAUGCAGAUAAGGUCGAUCCUGAGACGAUCCGAAAAUGGAGAGAUGCCCUUGAAUCCUGUGCUUUGCUAGGCGGCUAUGAAUCAAAUACUAUUGCCAAUGGAAACGAAGCAGCGCUUGUACGCAAGGUCGUCUUUGACGUAAAGAGAGAGCUUAAGAAAGCAUAUCUACAUGUACCUGAUGUUCUCAUUCAAGUUGAAGAUGAUGUGCAGAACGUGCUUAGUUUACUAGAUUGUGAUUCGGACUCCGAAGAUACAGGGAUGGUCGCGCUUUUCGGUCUGGGUGGCAUCGGGAAGACAACUCUUGCAAAGAUCGUCUACAACCAGCUCUGUGACAGAUUUGAAGCAUGUGCUUUCCUCGGGGAUGUUCGAGAAAAGACAGAACGUAUGGGUUUGCCGUCCCUGCAAAUGCAACUCAUUUUACAGCUUAAAAAAGAGCGUGUAAAUCUCAUAAAUGAGGAUGAAGGGAUUAAUUUCAUACAAGGGAAUUUUCGCAAUGACAAAGUUCUUAUUCUCCUUGACGAUAUUAGCAAUAAAUCUCAGCUCGAGUACCUCGGGGGAAAGUCGGAGUACUUUGGACCGGGCAGCAGAAUCAUUGUCACUACCAGAGAUCCGGACAUCCUUAAGGGGCGUAAAGUAUAUUAUCACAAAGUCGUAGGGAUGCCAGGUGAUCUAGGCCUUCGACUUUUCAGCAAGCAUGCCUUUGGUUUAGAUUAUCCCCGAGCUCCGUUUGUCGAUCUGUCCAAAGAGAUUGUGAAGACAACCGGUGGGCUUCCUCUAGCUAUUGUCACGAUCGCUUCAUUCCUGUCUGAAGAAGAGGAAGAUAUCUGGAAAUCAAAGUUGGAAGCAUUAAGGAAAAUGCCCGAGAAUGAAGUCGUGAUGAAACUGAUGAUAAGUUACGAUGCACUGACGCCAGAUCAGAAGCAAAUAUUUCUUGAUAUUGCGUGUUUUUUCAUUGGCGAAGACAAAGACGUCGCAUUCUGCUUGUGGAAUGACUUGAAACUUAACCCGGCUCUCCAGGUCCCGGUGCUUCAACGAAAGUCUUUAGUUAACAUAUUCGAGGAUGAUGACAGGAUUUGGAUGCACCAACAGCUCAGGGACAUGGGCAGAGCGAUCGUUAAACGGGAAAACGACUCACAGCCUGAAAGAAGUAUUAGGUUGUGGAAACAUAGGAAACCAAGCGGGGUGCUCGAGUGGGAAAUGGACGAAGAACAUCUCAGAAUCACUCUGGAGCCGCUGCAGAUCUUAACCGUGACGAACUCAGACUUGAAGCAACAUCCGAAUCUACGGUACCUCCACAUGAAAGGGGUGAAUAUUUCAGGAGAUUUCAAUGAUUGCCUUGUCGAAUUAAGAUAUCUUCGCUGGGCGGAGGCACCCCCAAAGUUCACCGUUACCCACCUUAACCCAAAGAAUUUAGUCAUUCUCGAUCUUUCAGGUUCAGAUAUUAAGAGUGGUUGGGUUGGAUGGAAGCAUUUCAAGGGAGCUGCACAUUCUCUGAAGGUCCUAAACCUGUCGAAAUGCUCCGGUCUGAGCAAGACUCCCGACCUUUCGAUCUUCCCGAGACUAGAGAGAUUGAUUCUCGUAGAUUGUAUGAGUCUGACAGAGAUCGGCUCUUCGAUCGGGCAUCUCUCGAUGCUGGUCUCCUUAAACAUCGAGGAUAACCUUGCCCUUAAAUUGCCCAAAGAACUAAGCCGGCUGAAGAACUUGCGAGAGCUGAUGCUCCACAACUCUCCUUUUAUCUUCAGAGUUCCUGUGUCCGGCGAGUUCCUUCAAAGGGUCAGGUUUCUCAGCUCCCCAUGCUGUGAAUCGAGCACGACUCCCAUGGUGCUGCCAGAGGAGGGUCUCCGGAUGCCCAUAACCUUUCUCCGUGAUUAUCUGCUCGAGGAGUUUCCCAUCUCGUUGAGAAGGCUGCAGGAACUGCGGCAAGACUCGCCAAGCUAUAGGCAAUGGUCGAGGAGACACCCCGAAGAGGCCAAGGAUGACGCGAUACAUAUGGAGGAGCUUUGCCAGCUUCAGGAAACUGGAAAUCAUGUUCCCGAGAAUCCUGCACCAAUAAGGCCCCCCUGCAGGAUCGCCAUACUCGAAGACCAUUUCCUUUACUUCUACUGUCGAUCUCAUCCUCCACCUCGCCCAUUAAUGUGGGCAUUGGACGCAUACACUCUGCUCAUGCGCGUGUCCACAAGGUUGGCCGCAGCCUUUGCAUACUAAACCGACGCAAGGCCGGCCGGGUACGGACAAAAACGAAUAUUGAAUAAAUAAUGUCCGUAGUGCGGGUUACUUUCUUUAGUAUAUAUGUGGGCAUAUGUAAAUUGUAAUGCACAUCCAAACAAUGAUACUUAUAGUAACUAGGGGUUCGCAUAAGCUGUGAGAAUAAGCUGAUACUUCAGCAAGGAUGAUGUGUUACUGUGCUGCAUGGUAAGACGUCCGACAUGAUGUAUAUAUAAAUUCAUUUAUUUGUUUAUGAACA